CAACUGAAUAUGACCGUUUACAUGAACAAAAUAUACAAAAUAUGCAAGAAAUAGAAGCACAAGCAUGUUAUAAAGAAUCUUGGGAACUUCUUAUUCAAAGUAUUCAAAACAUUCAAAACAUACAAGCAGAG